UCGGCUUCUCAUCACAACACCCAUUACAGCAGCUAUCACAGCUAAGCUCUCUGCCAAAAUACAUCAAUAGAAGCAACCGACCAAAUCAUAUCAAAUCAAACCAUGAAUGCUGUCCGCGGAAUCCUUCGUGUCUCCACUACUAAGACUUGUAGCCAAAGCUUCACUACUACUACAAGCCUACUACGACAGAACCACCAUGUUCGAUUUCUGACUACCUCCUCCUCUGAUAGUUUGGUCGACUGGCACGUGGACUCUGCCUCCAAAGUGGGCACCAUCACACUGCAAUCUCCCCAAUCCUUCAAUGCCUUGACGAUGGAAUUGGGUGCGGCCUUUCACUCUACCAUUACACAAAUUCGACACGAUUUAACUACGGGUCGACAAAAUGUCAAUGCCAUUGUCCUCCAAGGCGCUGGCGACAAGGCAUUUUCCGCCGGCGGCAAUGUCGCUUGGUUGCAAUCGUUGCGUCACAAUAGUAUUCCCGAAAAUGAAGCAUUGAUGUUGCAAUUUUAUCGCUCCUUUUUGAGUAUUCGGCAAUUGCCCGUUCCGGUGGUGGCGGCAUUGCAAGGUCCCGCCAUUGGCGCCGGAUGUUGUUUGGCCAUGGCGUGCGAUUUGCGCGUGGCUGUGGCCGACACGAAACUAUUGGGAUUUACCUUUUCCAAAUUGGGCAUUCAUUCCGGAUUGGGUGGCACGCAUCUCCUGCAACGACUUGUCGGUAGCUCGUCAAAGGCGAAUGAAUGGUUAUUGACCGGAAAAGUCUUGACGGGACGGGAAGCUCAUCAAUGGGGAUUGGUGAAUCGCCUUGUGGACGAUGUCCGGGACGUCAAACCGGCGGCAGUGGAAUUGGCGCACGAAGUGGCCCGCCAAAAUCCCAUGGCCAUUCGAACCAUGAUUGCAACGUUGCGGUAUCAACAAGAUCAAGGACUCGAAGAAUCGAUCCUCAUGGAAGCCAAGGCACAAGCCAUUUGCUACAGUCGCAACGAUUGGGGUGAAGGAGUCCAAGCGGCCAUUGAAAAACGAGACCCGGAAUUUGAUGAUUAUCAUACUACACCAGCAACAACCGCCACCAACAAGUGAGUACGAACGAUACCUCAUGCGUUUCUUGUAGUUUAGGCGAAGGAAAAACAAGGAUUGAUUCGAACACGGAUCCCAGCCAGCCACAGAGAGAAAACCCAUCUAGCUAGAACACAAAUAAUACAUGUAGAUACCCUUGGAUAGUAUUAGACUAUUAGCCUGGAUACUUGUAGUAUCUUUUGACAAAAUGGGGGUAUUAGUCUAUGAUCAAGCGG